AUGGCAAAUGUUUGGAACACAUUUCAACAUGAACAUGCUGGUCAAGGUUUAUCUCAAACAGAAAUGUCCACAAUGUACCACGAUGAUAGUAGUGCAACAACAGUGGAUAUUGGUGGUGGAAUGAGUGGAGCUGAAGCAGAUAUCUCUGGUAUAAGCAACGGAAUGGCUGAAGCAACACUCAGUGAUACUGCAGAGGUAUCAACGCCAUCAACAAAUCCUUGGAAUACAUUUCAACAUGAACAUGCGGACGAAGGUCUAUCCAAGUCAGAACUGUGUGAUAUAUAUCAGCAGCAAAAAUCAGCACAACCCGACAAUGCUCAGCCUCCGUCAUCUGAACCUGUGUCAACAGAAACGGCAAGUUCCGAAACGUCGACAACGCAAAGUGCUGUCCAAAGCGGUGAAGAGCCAACACUAUCGAACAAAUGGAAUGAAUUUGAGCACGAACAUGUCGACGAAGGUUUAUCACAAUCUGAAAUGUCCGAACUGUAUCAGAAGCAAAAUUCGACAAAGCAAGACGUUUCUCACACUACCAGCGCUGGCAAUUCUACAACGCAAGAUCCUUCUCAAAGCGCCGAAAAGUUAUCACCAGAGAACGAGUGGAAUAAAUUCGAGAAAGAUCAUGCGGGCGAAGGUCUAUCCAAGUCAGAAAUGUCUGAUAUGUAUCAGCAGGAAAAAUCUACACUGCAGGACGAGUCUCAGUUACCAGAACAAAAUAAUAACACAGAUAAAGCGGCAGAAUCUGAAAACCAUCAGUGGGGAAUAGACUGGCAAGCGUAUGAACAUCUUUUUCAAGGCAGAGGCUUCACCCCUACUCAGUUAUCGGAAAUGUACCGAUCGUUUCGAUGGCCAGAGGGGUAUCAACUCGAACUAACACCUGACGGUACACUUGUUGACCCAAUGUCAGCCAGCAGUAAAGAAGCAAUGAAGACGGGUCUUUUCGAUGAAAAUAAUCGACUAAGAAAUAAUGGUGAAGUUAAGUAUUCUGUGUUCAGAUCAGUCUUGAAACAGAUGAAUAUCGCCGACUCAGGGCUCGUAUCAUCUAUGUAUGAUAACGUCACGGGUACGAGUCAUUUGCAAGCGAAGCAUCUUAAAACAAGGUGUUACCGAGAUGGCGUCACGGAAUCUGGCGGACGCGACGCUGAUCACAUAUUGGAACCGCAAAAUUUGGUACCCUUCUUGAAUCGGACGGCUUUGAGCCACAAGGAUUUUCACAAACUACGUCAGAUUUUAAAUGAUAGCGACUAUCAGAAUGUUGAAUCCAGAGGUGUUGUGUACAAUCGUGACACAAAAAAUAAAGCAAAUCGUGGAAUACAAUCGAAUAGACCCGAGUUAAACCAAGAAACAUUCAAACAAGAGCAGAUACAGCGUGACAAAGCCAGACAGUAUGCUGAUCAAUGUCGUGAGCAAAACUAUCCAGAUGUUGCCAAAGUUUUCGAUCAACUUGGUGAUAAAUGCGACCGACUGAAUAACAUCCAUUCAAUGAUGAACGAUGUAACAACAAUUAGCCGCAGCGGUAAGAGCACAGUGGAAUCGGAAAACAAUCUUGUCUCUAAUAUUCAAGAAUAUGAAAAACUGUUUGGCACACUCGAGUUCAAUGGUGGAAAUGUUACGAGGAAGCAUAAUGAUAUAUUUGCCAGAGCUCAUAGUGCGCAGCAGGACGUAAACCCGUAA